GACGUUGAACAUGAAGCAGUCGACGAAGCGGAGGUCUUCUCCGACCACCGAGAGGGAGUUCGGAGGAACCCUCGGGGCCAGCUGUAUCCCGGUGUUGCUGCCCCUGCUGGUGCUGUUCCUGCUCAGCGUCAGCCGGUCCCCGGGGGCCAGCCUGCUGCAGUGGCCCCCCCAGCUCCCCCCCCCCUCCGCUCUCUGGGACCCCCUGGCCCCCCUCCUGCUGCUGGGCUGGUUCACCCUCCACGCCUUCCUCUACCUGCUGCCCCUGGGCAAGGUGUCUGAGGGGCUGGUGCUGAAGAACGGAACGCGCCUCAAAUACCCCAUCAACGGCUUCCAUGCGCUGGUCAUCAGUGUGGGGCUGCAGAUGCUGCUGCUGUGGCUGGGCUUCCCGCUGGGCUCUCUGUUUGACCUCCUGCUGCCCCUGGCCGUCUGCGCCACGGGGCUCUCCUUCCUCCUGUCCUUCUACCUCUACAUCAGCUCCUUCUGGGCCCCGCCCCACGCCCUGGCCCCCGGCGGGAACACGGGUAACCCGCUGUAUGACUUCUUCAUCGGGCGGGAGCUCAACCCUCGCAUCGGGAACUUUGACCUCAAGUAUUUCUGUGAGCUGAGGCCGGGUCUGAUUGGCUGGGUGGUGGUGAACCUGGGCAUGCUGAUGAAGGAGGUGGAGCUGAGGGACGGAGCCUCUCUGGCCAUGCUGCUGGUCAACGGCUUCCAGCUGCUCUACGUAGCCGACGCCCUCUGGAACGAGGAGGCGGUUCUCACCACCAUGGACAUCGUCCACGACGGCUUCGGCUUCAUGCUGGCCUUCGGGGACCUGGCCUGGGUGCCCUUUGCCUACAGCCUGCAGGCCUCCUUCCUGGUGGUGCACCCCGUGGAGCUGGGGGCCGCCGCCGCCACCGCCAUCGUCCUGCUCAACGGGAUUGGAUAUUACAUCUUCAGGAAGUCCAACUCUCAGAAGAACGUGUUCCGCCGCGACCCCAAGCACCCCAGCGUGUCCAGCCUGGAGACCAUCGCCACGGCGACGGGGAAGCGGCUGCUGGUGUCGGGCUGGUGGGGGUUGGUGCGACACCCCAACUACCUGGGGGACCUGCUGAUGGCGCUGGCCUGGUCCCUGCCCUGCGGGUUCUCCCACCUCCUGCCCUACUUCUACGUGGGGUACUUCACGGUUCUGCUGGUGCAUCGGGAGGCCCGUGACGAGAGGCAGUGCAGAGCGAAGUACGGGCAGGCCUGGGACGCCUACUGCCAGCGGGUCCCCUACCGCAUCUUCCCCUACCUCUACUGAGGGCCAAUAGGAGCAGAGCCCGCCCACACCAACCAAUCAGACGGUGUGUGUGUGUGUGUGUGUGUGUGUGUGUGUGUGUGUGUGUGUGUGUGUGUGUGUGUGUGUGUGUGUGUGUGUGUGUGUGUGUGUGUGUGUGUGUGUGUGUGUGUGUGUGUGUGUGUGUGUGUGUGUGUGUGUGAGAGUUGGAAAACAGGGUCCUUGUGAAUCCAUUCCACGUUUUUAAUAAAUACAUUUUCAAUUAA